AUGGCCGCGCUCGGCCACCCCGCCGCCUUCGGCCGGGCCACCCACGCCGUGGUGCGGGCGCUGCCCGAGUCGCUGUGCCGGCACGCGCUGCGGAGCGCCCAGGGCGCCGAGGUGGAUUUCGCCCGCGCCGAGCGGCAGCACCAGCUCUACGUGGACGUGCUGGGCAGCAAGCUGGGGCUGCAGGUGGUGUCGCUGCCGGCCGACGAGAGCCUCCCGGACUGCGUGUUCGUGGAGGACGUGGCCGUGGUGUGCGAGGAGACGGCUCUCAUCACCCGGCCCGGGGCGCCGAGCCGGAGGAAGGAGGUUGACAUGAUGAAAGAAGCAUUAGAAAAACUUCAGCUCAACAUAGUAGAGAUGAAAGAUGAAAAUGCAACCUUAGAUGGUGGAGACGUCUUAUUCACAGGCAGAGAAUUUUUUGUGGGUCUUUCCAAAAGGACAAAUCAACGAGGUGCUGAAAUCUUGGCUGAUACAUUUAAGGACUAUGCGGUCUCCACAGUCCCGGUGGCCGAUUCUUUGCAUUUAAAGAGUUCCUGCAGCAUGGCUGGGCCUAACCUAAUUGCAAUUGGAUCCAGUGAAACUGCGCAGAAGGCCCUCAAGAUCAUGCAACAGAUGAGUGACCACCGCUACGACAAACUCACUGUGCCUGAUGACGUGGCUGCAAACUGUAUAUACCUGAACAUCCCCAGCAAAGGCCACGUCCUGCUGCAUCGAACCCCAGAAGAGUAUCCAGAAAGUGCAAAGGUUUAUGAAAAGCUGAAGGACUACAUGCUGAUCCCCGUGAGCCAAUCUGAACUGGAAAAGGUGGAUGGGCUGCUCACCUGCAGCUCGGUUCUAAUUAACAAGAAGGUAGAUUCCUGA